ACUUAAGCAAUAUCGAAGAAAGGCGUAAGCGAUCUCUCAAAUAUGGAGUUAUCACUUAUUGCCAACUCUAUUUUGUUGUUGCCAUUCGCAGCUGUGAUAGUAUGGCUUGCUUAUAAAUUCGUGGAAGAAAAGAUGUCUCCGCUACAGAAGAUUCCAAGUCCUCCAGGCAGAUGGCCGUUAAUCGGCCAUGUUUUCACUUUUCUCCGAUCUAAUCAACUGGAGGUGCUACGCUCUUGGAGUGAAAAGUAUGAACCGAUGUUCGUUUCUCAUCAAGGUUAUGCAGUAGGGAAAGGUGGCUGUUUACUGUACAUAGCUGAUCCUGAGCUCAUCAAGUUUGUGGCAAGCAAUAGCCAUAAAUUUUACAGACCUGACUUUGUUGCAAGAAAUAUUCCUAGUAUAAGUGCUGGCUUGUUUGCAUCUAAUGGCAAGGUGCAUGCUAGACAGAAAAGAAUGAUUGGACCUGCAUUCACUUCCAAAUACUUGAAAGGAUUUUUGGGAAUCUUCAAAGAAAAUGUUGAUAACCUUGUUAAGCUAUGGUCCACCAAGCUGAAAGAUCCUGUUGAAGUUCAUGAUGAUUUGACACAUUUAACCCUGGAUGUGAUUGGUCAAUCUGCAUUUGGUUAUAACUUCAACACUGUGUUGGCAGGGGAGAGUAAGGUUUCUGAAGCAGUGGAUUUGGUCAUUAGUGGAAUGAGUUUUAGACAACUCAUGGGCAAGACAUUUAUUCCCUUUUUUGAGUACCUGCCAACAAGCGAAAACAGGAGAAUCAAGACUGCGAAAGAGAUAGCUGACAACACAGUGUUAGAUAUGAUCAAAGAGCGCCGCAAAGAGAAAAAAGCUGGAAUUGUGAGGGAGAAAAAAGAUCUCCUUGAUGUUCUGAUGGACAUGUAUGAUCAGGAAACAAAUUCAGUCAUGGAUGAUGAGGAGUUAAGGAGUCAGGUGUUCACCUUUAUGGUGGCUGGCCACGAGACUACCAGUGUCGCUCUUGCUUGGACCCUCUAUGAGCUGGCAAAGAACCCUGAAAUCCAAGCAAAACUGAGAGAAGAAAUAAACUCUGUGUUGUAUGAUGGUACUGAGCUGACAUGGGAUACUGUUGAAAAUCUCAUGUACCUUGAAAAAGUCAUUAAAGAAUCGCUGCGGCGCCACCCCCCUGCUCACGUGACAGGCCGUUCUCCAAUUGAAGAUAUAACUAUCGGGGGAUAUCUUAUUCCCAAGGAUACAGUUAUGAUUUUGCCCAUUGAUUCAUUACAGCGUACUUCCAAAUAUUGGCCAAAUCCCGACGACUUUGAUCCCACAAGAUUCGAUGAGGAAGAGGGCCGAACAGGCGUGAAACCUUACACACACAUUCCAUUUGGGGUGGGUUCGCGCAUGUGCAUUGGAUACAAAUUUGCCUUGAUGGAGAUGAAAGUGAUAUUGGCUACUUUGAUGAAGAAAUUUUGGGUCAGUGAGGCUCCCGAAUGUAAGGUUGAAGCCGUGCCAAUGCUGACAGUCCGUCCAAAGGGACUUAAAUUACUGAUAGGGCUUGCAACCCAGUCCUGAUUCCAGAGCAAUUUUCUGUUUCGUGAAGAAAUAAACGUAGGGUUGCGGUGUUAUUCUUCAUUACUUUCCAUGAUUGAUCCAGAUAGCUCGCGCCACUUUCUUUUCCAAUCAGAUGCGAAACGAAAACCAACUGCAAUCUUAUCACUUUUCUUGUGCUUGUUUACCUUAAGAAUAUUUGCGUCGGUGUCCGGUCGUUUCGUACCCUUUCGUUUCGUCCUUAAAUGCAGACAGUACUUAAGUUUGAGUCGAUACGUACUCAAGUUCGAGUCGGUUCUUACCCAAGCUGCUGAUCGAUUCAUGCAUUUUUUUUUCGUAAAUACCUCACGCGCCAGCGCGUGAGCCGAUAUCAAUCGUUGCGUAAGUCAAGUAGGGGCAAGCGAAUAAGACACAUGCAAAAACAUAUUUUGUGUAUACCAGUGACCCUCUCAACAAAAACAACUCAAUUAUUGCUUAGCUCAAGGUUAGUGUGAUGUUUUCAUUAGAAAAAUAUAUUGUUUAGAUUUGUGACUUUUUUUUUUUUUUAAACAAUAACAGCUCGUGUAUGUGUGAUAUUUUUACUCUUAUUGGUGACAUAGAAAAUAUACUUUACUAGUUUGAUAACCAUAUAUUUAAAAGUCAUGGUUACAGUAUUUGUGUAGAGUACGCAACGUGUGCCAAAUCUUGACCGAAAACAUGUCUGGAAAACAAUCUAAAACGCUGUGCUAUUACGUUUGAGAUUGUGGGCACUUUUCCAGAUGCAUGUGUGUAUGGGUGCUUACUUUUAUUAUGCGAGGCUACCAGCUUUGCUGGACACCAGCAAUCAUAAUAAGCUUCCACAAAUGUAAUAAAAUUGUGUAGAACA